AUGGCGUUAAGACACGAAUCUGAGCCAUUUGUGGCUGUUGCCGUGGUCCUUCUCAUCCCGGCGACUAUCGUCUUUGGCAUGCGCUUGUAUGUGCGGGGCUGGAUGCGCAAAUCGUGGGGCUUUGAUGACUGGCUACUUGUUUUUGCAUACCCAUCUCUUGUCCUCGAAGCGUACACAUUGAUAUCUGCGGCCACGCACGGCUUGGGGGCCAAGUCUGCCACACUGAGCGAUGCUAACCUGGAAGGCAUCCGCAAGGAUUUGUUCAUUUUGGAAGUCGGUAACUGCCUUUCUUGUCUUGCCAUCAAGUUGAGCAUUUGCGUUACCCUUAUGCGAAUCGCCGGGAGAAAGCCUAUCUAUCUCUAUAUCCUCUACGUCAACAUCGCGCUCUUCUCGACCACUAUCAUCGGAACCUUGAUCUUUAUUCAUUUCCAGUGUCGUCCCACUGCAGCCUGGUGGGAUCUCAACAUUCCCGGCGCCGUCUGUUUGUCACCCAUCGUCAACAGCGGGGUCAACUUCACCUAUACAACGGUUGGUAUCCUUACCGACUGGGUUUGCUCUAUUCUCCCUCUGUUCUUGAUUUGGAGUCUACAAAUGAAUCGCAAUAUGAAGCUGGCCUCCGCCCUUCUACUUGGCCUAGGUGGACUUGCCAGUAUUGCGUCAACAAUUCGUCUCAAAUAUCUUGUAGACCUUCUGUCCUUUGAUGAUUACUCUCUCGCCAUAGCGCCGUUCUUCGUCUGCGGCAUGGCUGAGCCGGGGCUGGGUAUGAUAGCAGCUUGCUCGAGCGCUCUCAAGCCCCUCAUCGACCGCUUCUUGAAGAAAGGCGAUGGAAGCGAAGGGCAUCGAUAUCCCAGCAGAUCGAAUGAUCCUUCGGAUGGGUGGCGAAGACAUCGUGCGGAUGGGACUUACGAACUGAGCACAAGCAAGAACUCAGGUACGCUCAACACAAUGGUGGUUGGCGGCCAUGUGCAGAAAACAAAUUCCAACGACCUGGAGGAUGUUGCCGAUAUAGACAACCGCAGCUCGAGACAACUUAUCGGCAAAGACAUAUAUGUUACAACUGAUAUAUCAUUGAAAAGUACCAACGCAUAA